UCCACAAAAAAGUAGUCUAAACAAGUAGGAUGAUAUGAUUCAUAUCUACUUUAAACCUUUUUCUCUCAAUUCCGCCAUUAAAGAACUCUUCUAAUUUAACACAUUCAAAAAAGUUGCUCCAUCUUUCCACUUCAAUUCCUUCACCAAACCCCAAAUUCACAAAGAAACUAUACAUUUCAUUCAAAAGCAAAAGCACUAUCAAUAAAGCUAUUUACAACCACGUUAAGCAAUCCAAACCCAUUUCUACUCACAACAUGCUUCAUUUUCAGCUAUAUAGUACUCUCAACUUUACAUUUCACUGCCCAUUUGCUGGGUUUUUACUUGGGUUUUUUCUGCAAUGUCGUCUGAAAUCGUUCUUGCUGAACCCAUUCAAGAUAUUGAUGAAAGGGAUCUUCCUAGUACGAGUACUGGAACUAAGUUUAAUCAGAGGGAAUGGGAUAAUACUGCUAGUUCUAGUAAUGGUGUUACUAGAUCAAUUACUUAUAAGGAUUAUGAUCAUUAUGUUCCUGAACCCUUUGAAAGUGAGAGAUUGCCUCUUACUUUGGCUACUGAAAUUCGACGAUUUCUUCGUGUUGCCAAUCAGAUUGAACGUCAAGAACCUCGUGUUGCUUAUUUAUGCCGUUUCCAUGCUUUUGAGAAGGCGCAUAAUAUGGACAAAAAUUCCAAAGGGCGUGGUGUUAUGCAGUUCAAAACCUCACUUCUUCAGCGCCUUAUACAGGAUAUAGAUGUGAGUAUGGCUAGACGGAAGGAAAAGAGUGAUAUACGUGAGCUUAGACGUGUUUAUAAGAACUAUAAUGAGUUCAUCAUGCGACAUACUGGAACCGAUGACUUUGCCAACAGAGAGAAGUUGACUAAUGCACAUGCAAUUGCUUCUGUUGUGUACGAAGUACUGAACGCGGUUACACAAGCAACUGGCCAUCAGCUUAAUGGUGGUAGAGGAUCAAUCUUUCACGAAACCUACAAUAUUUUGCCACUGGGUAAUAAUGGUGUUCAACCGCCUAUCAUGCAAUAUCCCGAGAUCAAGGUUGCUAUUGCAGCCGUACGCAAUAUUCGUGGCUUACCUUUCAUGGAUGAAUUUAAGAAGCUCAAAACUUCAAUGGUUCCUUUCGACAUAUUUGACUGGCUCGGUUUUGUCUUUGGGUUUCAGAAUGGAAAUAUUGCCAAUCAGCGGGAACAUCUUACUCUACUUCUUGCCAACACACACAUACGAAAUAGUCACAAGCAAACAUCAGUAUUAGUGUUUGCAGAUGGAGCCCUAGAUGGACUGAUGAGAAAAUUCUUCAAAAAUUACACAAAAUGGUGUAAAUUCUUGGGCAGAAAAAGCAACAUUCGGUUACCCUAUGUCAAACAAGAAGCCCAACAAUAUAAAUUGUUGUAUAUAGCACUAUAUCUGCUAAUUUGGGGAGAAGCUGCUAACUUACGAUUGAUGCCAGAGUGUCUUUGCUAUAUAUAUCACCAUAUGGCAUACGAGUUGCAUAGCAUGUUAACCGAUGCUGUCAGCUUAAUGACUUGGGAGAAGGUCAUGCCAGCAUAUGGAGGAGAGAACAAAGCUUUUCUUAAUAAUGUUGUCCGUCCAAUUUACAAUGUUAUAGCAAAGGAAGCUGAGAAAAGCAAAAAUGGAACCGCUGAUCAUUCUAAAUGGAGAAACUAUGAUGACCUGAACGAGUUCUUCUGGUCUCCAAAAUGUUUUGAAAUAGGUUGGCCGAUGCAUAGUGAUCCCAUUGAUGGUCAUGAUUUCUUUUAUGUGAAAAACAAAUCUCAUGGUGAUCAAAGAGAGGUGGAAGCAAAAAACAGUGAGGUGAACUUUCUUGUUCGCCUAAGGAAACUUUGUGGAAAGAAAGUGGUGAAGGAUGAAGAACAAGGGGAGAUUGCAGACAAAGGCAGUCAAAAGACAUGGCUAGGCAAAACAAAUUUUGUUGAGAUUCGUUCAUUUUUGCAGAUAUUUAGAAGUUUUGACAGGAUGUGGACCUUUUUAAUUUUAGCGCUUCAGGCAUUGAUUAUUAUUUCUUGCCAUAAUCUUAGCUCUCCUCUGCAAUUAAUCGAGACAAAUGUACUUGAGGACAUAAUCAGCAUAUUCAUCACGUCUGCAGUGCUCAAGGUUAUACGAGCUACUCUCGAUAUUGCAUUUACAUGGAAAGCUAGGAAGACUAUGGACUCAAGUCAAAUCUUGAAAUUUGUUGUAAGGCUUAUUAUUGCGAUGGUUUGGAUGAUUAUACUUCCAGUCCUCUAUGUGAACACAAGAAGAAAAUAUACUUGUUACUCCAUCCGACGUGACAGCGUACUUGGAGAUUGGUGUUAUUCAUCAUACAUGGUAGCAGUUGUUGUUUACCUAAUGGGUAAUGCAGUUGACGUGAUUCUUUUCUUUGUUCCUCCGAUUGGUAGAUACAUUGAGACUUCAAAUGACAGAAUAUGUGCCUUUCUAUCUUGGUGGACACAGCCAAGAUUAUAUGUUGGACGUGGAAUGCAAGAAGACCAAGUUUCCUCAUUCAAGUAUAUGCUGUUCUGGGUGCUGCUACUGCUGAGCAAAUUGUCAUUCAGCUAUUAUCUUGAGAUUAAACCACUUAUAGAACCAACUAGGCAAAUGAUGAGAAUUCAUUCGCAUAAAUAUGAGUGGCAUGAACUUUUUCCUCAUGUCAAAAGCAAUGCAGGUGCACUUGUUGCUGUUUGGGCUCCAAUUCUGCUGGUAUAUUUUAUGGACACACAGAUUUGGUAUUCAGUUUUUUGUGCAAUUUUUGGUGGCGUUUAUGGAAUUUUGCAUCAUCUUGGAGAAAUACGGACACUGGGAAUGUUACGAAGUAGAUUUAAGUUGCUGCCUUCUGGAUUUAAUGCUUGCCUGAUCCCUCAAGUUUUACGAAAUAAUCACGACAGAAAAAACAAAGGGCUCUUUAGUCAUUUGAAAAAGGAGCCUGGAAAUAAUAAAAGUGAUGCUGCAAAGUUUGCCAUAAUGUGGAACCAAAUAAUCCUCAGUUUUAGACAAGAGGACUUGAUAAACAACAGAGAGAGAGAUUUAAUGGUUAUGCCAUUGUCAUCAGAAUUAUUGUCUGGCCAUAUUCGUUGGCCUGUCUUCCUUUUGACAAAUGAACUCUCAACGGCACUAAGCAUUGCUAAGGAUUUUGUUGGAAAAGAUGAAGAUCUAAUCAAGAAAAUAAAGAAAGUUAGCCUUAGGUACUCUGCAGUGAAAGAGUGCUACAAUUCAUUUAAGAACAUUCUUGGAAUUAUUGCUGUUGGGGAGCUGGAGAAGAGGAUGGUGUCUGGUAUAAUAGCUGAGAUCGAGGAAAGCAUCAAAAGAUCAACUCUGCUUGAGGAUAUAAAAAUGAGUGUGCUACCAGCCUUACAUGCUACAUGUGUAAAAUUGUUUGAGCUACUGGUUGAAGGAAAUGAGCACCAAUAUUUUGAAGUUGUAAAAGUACUCCAAGACAUGUUUGAACUUGUAACAAAUGGCAUGAUGAUAAAUGGUUCCAGAACAUUGGAUAUGCUAAACUCUUCUCAGCAAGAUGGUGAUCAUUCAGCAUAUUUCACGAGAAAGAUUCAACCAGAGUUAUUUGCAUCAAAGAAUGCUAUUCAUUUCCCAUUGGCUAAGGACGGGGCACUCUAUGACCAAAUUAAACGUUUCCUCUUGCUUCUCACCAUAAAAGACAAAGCUUUGGAUAUUCCAGCUAACUUGGAAGCUCGAAGGCGAAUCUGUUACUUUGCCACUUCUCUCUUUAUGAAUAUGCCUGCUGCUCCUAAAGUGCGAAAUAUGAUGUCAUUCAGUGUGUUGACCCCACACUAUGAGGAAGAGGUUAAGUUUUCUAUGAAGGAACUUCUAUCUAGCCAAGAACAAGUGUCAAUUAUUUUCUAUAUGAAAAAGAUAUAUCCAGAUGACUGGAAAAAUUUCUUAGAACGCAUGGGUUGUGAUGAUUUAGAUGCCUUAAAGUCUAGAAACAAGGAGGAUCAGCUUAGGAAUUGGGCUUCGUUUCGGGGACAAACUUUGAGCAGAACCGUCCGGGGAAUGAUGUACUACAAAAAAGCCUUAAAAUUGCAAGCUUUUCUUGACAUGGCAGAAGACAGAGAUAUUCUUCAAGGUUAUGAAGCCAUGGAGAGGGGGAAUGAUACUUUAUCUGCUCAGCUAGAUGCAUUAACAGACAUGAAAUUUACAUAUGUUGUUACAUGGCAAAUGUAUGGUUCUUGCAAGGCUACUGGAGAUCCGCGUGCACAGGACAUGCUUGAUUUAAUGACUAGGUACCCAGCUUUACGCGUUGCUUACGUUGAAGAGAGAGAACUAAUUAGUGAACAGGAGACUGAUACGGUGAAGUCCAAUAAGAAAACUGGAAAGGUGUAUUCAUCGGUGUUGGUUAAAGGAGGCGUUAAUGGUCAUGAUCAGGAAGUGUAUCGUAUUGAGCUUCCAGGUCCACCUAAUAUAGGUGAAGGAAAGCCUGAAAACCAAAACCAUGCAAUAAUUUUUACACGUGGCGAAGCACUCCAGACAAUAGAUAUGAAUCAAGACAACUAUUUGGAAGAAGCUUACAAAAUGAGAAACGUCCUGCAAGAAUUUAUGGAAGACCAAGGAAACCGGACUCCUACUAUAGUUGGUUUGAGAGAACAUGUAUUUACUGGAAGUGUCUCUUCAUUAGCAUGGUUCAUGUCGUACCAAGAGACUAGCUUUGUUACUAUUGGCCAGAGAAUUUUGGCUAAUCCUCUCAGGGUACGGUUUCAUUACGGUCAUCCAGAUAUAUUUGAUAGGAUAUUUCACAUAACAAGAGGUGGUAUCAGCAAAGCGUCAAGAACAAUAAAUUUGAGUGAGGAUGUUUUCGCUGGAUUCAAUUCCGUAUUGCGGCGUGGAUGUGUUACAUACCGUGAAUACAUCCAAGUUGGAAAAGGUCGUGACGUAGGACUGAUCCAAAUAUCAAAAUUUGAAGCUAAAGUAGCUAAUGGAAAUAGUGAACAGACUUUAACCCGUGACAUUCAUCGUCUUGGGCAGAGAUUUGACGUAUUCCGGAUGUUAUCAUGUUAUCACACAACAAUUGGCUUUUAUUUUAGUAACCUGAUAUCAGUGAUUUCCAUAUAUGUGUUCCUAUACGGGCAGCUGUACCUAGUUCUCAGUGGGUUGCAGAAAGCACUCAUUAUUGAAGCGAGAGUCCAUAACGUACAAUCCUUGGAAACCGCUCUAGCUUCGCAAUCAUUUAUACAACUAGGACUCUUAACCGGUCUGCCUAUGGUUAUGGAGAUUGCAUUGGAGAGGGGAUUCUAUUCCGCUCUUAAAGAUUUUGUCCUUAUCCAACUGCAGCUUGCUUCUGUGUUCUUCACCUUCUCUUUUGGAGCGAAAUCCCACUAUUAUGGCCGAACGAUUCUCCAUGGAGGUGCUAAAUACAGACCUACAGGUCGCAAAGUUGUGAUAUUUCAUGCCACCUUCUCCGAGAAUUACAGAUUGUAUUCGAGAAGCCACUUUGUGAAAGGAUUUGAGCUGCUCCUCCUGUUAAUUGUUUAUGAUCUGUAUCGUAAGUCGUAUCAAAGCAGCAUGGCGUAUCUCCUGAUCACGUAUGCUAUCUGGUUCUUGUCACUCACAUGGUUGUUCGCCCCAUUUCUGUUUAAUCCUUAUGGAUUCGACUGGCAAAUUCUUGUCAAUGACUGGACAGAUUGGAACAAGUGGAUAAGGCAGCAGGGUGGUAUAGGUAUUCCACCCGAUAAAAGCUGGCAGUCCUGGUGGUACGACGAACAAGAGCAUAUUCGUCGUUCUAGAUGGAGUUCUCGGCUCAUUGAAAUCAUCCUCUCACUAAGGUUUUUCGUGUAUCAAUAUGGUCUGGUCUAUCAGCUAAACAUCUCGAAAAACAGUGGCAAUUUUACUGUCUAUGUGCUCUCUUGGGUAGUCGUAGCUGUGAUUUUUCUCUUAGUAAAGCUCGUCAAUAUUGGAAGGCACUGGCUAAGUGCUAAUCAUCAGUUUCUGUACAGACUAUUCAAAGCGUGCCUCUUCUUGGCUGUCGUAUCCACGAUUAUCUCACUUUCACUCGUUUUUGAUCUUUCGAUCUUGGACCUGGUAGUAUGCUGCCUUGCUUUUUUACCCACUGGAUGGGGUUUAAUAUUGAUUGCACAAACACUGAGGCCUCUGAUAGAAAACACUGGUAUCUGGGAUUUUGCUCGGGUUUUCGCUCGAGCUUAUGAUUUCAGUAUGGGAGUGGCUCUAUUUGGUCCCAUUGCUCUUUUCUCAUGGCUUCCAAUCACCUCAGCCUUUCAAAAUCAAUUUCUAUUCAAUGAAGCAUUCAGCCGAAGAUUACAAAUUAAACCUAUUCUCGAUAGGAAAAAGAAGCGCACUUAGUUUGCUCAUAUAUGUUUUUAUGAGUUUGCACCAUAAAACUCAAAUAUGUCGGAGCUUUUUGAGUUCUAUGGUACAAACUCAAAAGUAAGUAUGAAGGGAGUAGUAUUUAUUAGUAGAUGUGAAAAAAGAUAGGAUUAUUCUAUUUAGUUUUAGAAGAUUUAAAAAGAAAAUAAACAACUAAUAUAAUUGUAUAAAUCAUUUUUAUGUAGGUAAAUCACAUUGAAAUUAAUGAUAUAGAUAUUACUAUCAUAUUUUUUAAGUU